AUGGCGUUGUGCUUGAUAGUUUUGGCUCUAGUCCUGGCUGCUGGGGAGUUGAAGGCGACCUCAGAGAAGUCCAUAGCCCUGAGCUAUGUCGCCGCGCGUUACGGGAUGACUUUGGAGAGCUGUCGGGACGAGGCUCAUGUAACCACCGACAUCUUGCCAGAAUGGGCACAAGUCUGGGACCAUGACUUCGAUGCUAAUCGCAGAGAGAUCGGCUGCGCCAUCGUCUGUGACGCUAUUGCAACCACAGUAACAGAUUUAUUAGGAAACUGCGAGAAACAAAACCUGCAGGUUACCGACGACUGCAGCCGAACUAUUAACACGUUUGUUUGCUUCAAGGCCGAGGCGAUGAAGGCCGGCAUCGCUCCGUACGUCGCCUUAAUUAAAGAUGUGAUGAACGAGAUUUGA